CUGAGUUCAAUGCUAAAUUAGACUCUGAGUGAGUCUCACUGAACACUUCUUACUCACAUGAGACACAAUUACUGCGGGAGUUUUCAGAGCAGAGACGGGCAUAAACUAGACUGACACUUACAAACUGCAAAGGACUGCAAACAAUAUGCCUGUAGAAACAUUAUCAAUCAGGAAUAGCUCUGCCAUUGGCCGCUUCCCAGCCGGUACUCUUCCGCUGGAGGAUCCGGAAAAGGUGAAGCUAGAGAAGCCGAAGACAAAGUGGUCAUGUGGCACAUGGUUCCGCCAGUGCUGCCUCUGCUGCUGCCGCCGCAAAACAACAGAUGCUGGCACCACAAAUGGAGCUACAGAAACCACUGAGAUGCCAGAGACAGGUACCUUACUAGAAGUGCGUUCUGUAGACCUUCUCAAAUCCAACAACGGACAGAACCGACUGGAGCAUCAUACAGAUCGCUACCGCAGCGAAAACCUCAUUAUCCGCAGAGGCCAGACCUUUCAGAUGUUGAUUGAGCUCUCGCGACCUUUCAACCCCAAGACAGAUAAACUUAACUUAGAUUUGAAACUAGGUAAUCUCCCAGAUGUGUCCAAAGGCACACAUGUGAUUGUUCCUUUGGUUGAGGAUCUGCAGGAUAGCUGCUGGGAGUCCAAGAUAGUUGAACAGAAAGGCAAAAGUAUCAAACUGUCUGUCAACUCUCACCCAGCUGCUCCUAUUGGCAAAUACAGGCUCAGUGUUGCGACACGUUCCCCGACGGGCGAGGCCAUGACACCGUACAGUCCCGAGAAUGACAUCUACAUGCUGUUCAACCCCUGGUGUGAAGACGACUCUGUGUACAUGGAUAAUGAGGAAGAGAGGAAAGAGUAUGUUUUAAAUGACAUGGGAAUAAUCUAUUACGGAACUGACAGCCAGAUCGGAGACAGGCCGUGGAAUUUUGGCCAGUUUGAUAAGAACAUCCUUCCUGCAUGUCUGUUUUUGCUGGAGCGCAGUGGUGCGCCAGCAUCAGGAUGGGGAGAUCCUGUCAGCGUGGUCAGGCUUUUGUCUGCAAUGGUUAACGCUCCUGAUGACAGCGGUGUGUUGAUAGGCAACUGGUCAGGUACGUAUGAUGAUGGCAUGGCUCCCACGUUCUGGAGUGGCAGUAGUGACAUCCUGAGACAGUACUACGAAAAUGGAGGAACACCGGUCAAAUACGGACAGUGCUGGGUCUUCUCUGGGGUCACCACCUCAGUGAUGAGGUGUUUAGGGAUUCCCACCCGGAGUGUCACAAACUUCGAGUCUGCUCAUGACACAGAUGUUUCCUUGACAACAGAUAUCUAUUUAGAUGAGAAUUAUGAGCCGAUUGAGGAGCUUAAUCGAGAUUCUGUUUGGAACUUCCAUGUGUGGAAUGACUGCUGGAUGGCCCGCCCAGAUCUACCCACGGGUAUGGGGGGGUGGCAAGUAGUAGAUGCCACCCCUCAAGAGACCAGUCAGGGCGUUUUUCGCUGUGGUCCCGCUUCUGUCGCAGCUGUCCGGAAUGGACAAGUUUACCUCAAGCAUGACACACCGUUUGUAUUUGCAGAGGUAAACAGUGAUAAAAUCUACUGGCAGCGGACUACUGAUGGCACCUUCAUUCCCGUCCAAGUUAAGAAGAAAGCAGUAGGUCACUGCAUCAGCACUAAAGCAGUUGGCUCUGAUCAACGCGAGGACAUCACACACCUCUACAAACACCCAGAAGAUUCAGAGGAAGAACGCAUUGCUGUGGAAACAGCCUGUCAGUAUGGCUCUAAAUCAGGGAUCUACGAUGUCUCCAGUGCUGAUGACGUCACCCUCCAAAUCACCAUGGAUGGAGAAGAACCUCAGCUUGGUGCAGAUGCUAAACUGGCCAUCACGGUAAAGAACACAAGUGCAGAACAGCGCACUUUCAAUCUCCACGGCCAGGUGGCUGUUAUGUACUAUACUGGAGUGUAUAAAGCUACAGUGAAGAAAGACCAGAUACCUGUCGAUCUCCAACCCAAUGAAGCUGAGACUGUGGAGUGGUGUCUGUCCUAUGAUCACUAUAAAGACCAGCUGGUGGACCAGGCCAUGCUGAUGCUCACACUCACUGGACGGGUCACUCAGACCAAACAGGUUCUGGCUACCCAGUUUCGCUUCAGACUGCGCACACCAGACAUAGUCAUCAAAACUGAUGGGGACGCUGUAGUUGGCAAAGAGUUGAAGGCUACGAUCGUUUUCCGGAAUCCUCUUCAGCGCGCACUGAAGAAUGUGAAGUUUCGCUUUGAAGGUCUGGGAUUGCAGAGUGUCAGAGAGGUUUCCUAUGGAAAUAUAGAACGCUUGGCCACGGUGACUCUGACGGAGAAGUUUGUUCCUUUGGAGGCUGGGCCACAGAAACUUCUAGCCUCACUUGACUGCCGUCAGCUACCUCAGGUGCAUGGAGUCGCCAACAUCGUUGUCAAAGCAAAUUGAAUAAUAUCUUCAAGAGGACAAAGCUGCACUGCACUGGAACUUCAGUGGCUCUGAAUUUCAUUUGGAUGAUCUCCAUCCAGGACAUUCUUUUCUAGCCAUGUUUGAAGACUUUUUUUUUCUAGAAAAUGCCUUAAGAAUGUGAGAAUGUCUUUUUGCUCCAAAAUUUCAAGGCAUUACAUAAUACUUGAAACAUAUGAGACCAAACAGCUGAAUUUUGAAUAGUGUAGUACAAUAACCACCUAUUCGUGUUUUAAAAGGCUUAAUUUAACAAUUCAGAAUAUAAUUUAUUUUUGUUACAUGGAUUCAGCAUGAACUUGUGUUGCUUUAAGACACUGUUUUUCAUAUUUAAUUUAUUUGUCCCAAUAUUUUUGAUUUAUUUAUAGACUUUGAAGACAUAAAAAUCAUGUUGAGAAUCACAUGCUUAAUAACAAUAUGCACAAAACACUUGAUUCUUCGUUACAUGAACAAGACGUCUACACUUUAUCUCACAACCGACAAAGAGUGAGCAUUGAAACAUUACUUAAUUUGUAGAAUGUGUUUUGGGGCAUGUAAAUAGAAAAAAAUAUAUUUUAAAUAUAUAUUAAUAAAUAUGUAAUAUAUUA